AAUCGCGAGUCGUUAUUGAUUCCGCUUCCUCUCCGUUAUAAUCGAAGGAGCAAGUAGAAGAAGAAUCUCGCGAAGGCAAACUAGGUGUCUGUUGCACAGCCGCAACUUAGCCAGUGAAAUAGUACGAUCAUGGCCGAAUCAGAAGCCAAACAGCAACCAGAAACGGUUCAUGGCGAGGAGAAAAGGUUGAAGUAUCUGGAUUUCGUCCAAGUGGCAGCGAUCUAUGUCAUCGUCUGCUUCUCAAGCCUCUACGAGUACGCGAAGGAAAACUCUGGUCCGCUGAAGCCCGGCGUCCAAACCGUCGAAGGCACCGUGAAGACCGUUAUUGGACCGGUUUACGAGAAGUUCUACGACGUUCCCUUCGAACUCCUCAUGUUCGUCGAUCGCAAGGUUGAGGCGUCCAUUUACGAGUUGGAACGUCACGUGCCAUCGCUGGUGAAGCGGGCUUCUUGCCAAGCGAUCACCGUGGCUCAGAAGGCUCCUGAGCUGGCCCUAGCCGUGGCUUCAGAAGUCCAGCGGGCCGGCGUGGUGGACACCGCGAAGAACAUCACGAAGAACGUGUACAGUAAGUGCGAGCCCACCGCCAAAGAGCUCUGCUCCAAGUACGAGCCGGUAGCGGAGCAGUACGCUGUGUCAGCUUGGAGGUCACUGAAUCGGCUUCCGCUCUUCCCUCAAGUGGCUCAAGUAGUAGUCCCCACGGCGGCAUACUGGUCGGAGAAGUACAACCAGAGUGUGUCCUACACCGCCGAGAGAGGGUACACGGUAGCGUUGUAUCUGCCAUUAAUUCCAACAGAGAGAAUCGCCAAGGUAUUUCAGGAGGGUAGCGCUCUCCCCACCGUGGAAACCAAUGGGAAUGCUAUUCCCUUGGCACAAUGAUGGCAAUUAGUUUUGGGCUGUCGGUUUGUUUUAAAGUCCUGUUUGGGUGCUUUGCUUUUUUGGCUUUAUCUAUAGUUGGGAUUUGGGAAAACAAUAAAACAUACUGUGAUGAGCAUCUAUACUAAAUAUUGUUAAUGGUUUGAGUGUUUCCUGUAAAUUAUUUCGGAUUACCGUAUAAAAGGCAAA